AUGAGCGAGCAAGACGAUGACCUCGGUCGUGAGUUCGACGACAUGGAUGAUGAUUCUCUCGGCCACCGAAUCCGAGCUGCAAUACUCAACCACUUCUACGCAGCCAAGCUCAGUGAGCUCUACGUGCUCCAAAAAAAGUACACCGAUCUCCUGACGACGACGAGCGAGGCGACGUCGACGUCGUCUGUGCUAGAAGAGAGCGAUCGAAUCACGUCCCCGAGCGCCCAACAAGGUUCGAAUGCGCGUCCGUUGCUCGCCUCUGGCAACCGGCCAAGGCCGAAUCGCGUGCGUCUCCCCGCGCGUCCAGAGCACGGCAUCCUUGACGUCGGGAGGUCGUUGGCGAGGCAUGAACGAUGUAAAAUUCGAACCUUGCUGGGAGCUCGGGGGCGUUAUUCGAUCGCUCUUGUCGCAGACAACGUCAACGACGCCUCGCUCGUCAUCGCGAGGACUCAUCGGUGUACUUUUUUGGAGGCGUGUGGAGCUCACUGAGCUUGGCUGCGUACAAGUGGUUGAGUAUUGCAGCUCGGAUUCGGUGGCCGAGAGAAUUAUAAUCAUCCUGAUGUCCCCCACGUCGUCGAACUCACGACCGAGGUUACCGUCUUGCUCGCUCGUGGCCGGGACAAAGGGGGCGCGACGGUGAAGGCUGGUGGGAAAGGAGCGUCGAGGCUGGCGUGUCAAAUUCAGGCCUCGCCAACGACCUGCCGACGUCAAGAAAGCCGAUCUCUGGACGCGGGAAGACGCCAACGCCAAGAAGUAG